AUGUUGCCCAGCUUUUAUGUGGAGGAACAGAAAGAAAAGUUCCUUGUGCUUGUGACUGCAGAGCCUCAAAGUCUGGUCCCCUACAGCCAGUCACAGGCUCUGGAGCUAAUUUUAGACCUGCUGAAACAGGUGAAUGUUGGUGACAAGGUAAUGGUCCUGGCUAGGUCAGGGCUCUGGCAAGAAGUCGUGAACGUGCCAGCCAGUCAGACUUUCCUGAUGCCUGAGGGGAUGAGCUUUGAGGAAGCAGCUGCUCUUCUUGUCAACUACAUCACUGCCUACAUGAUUCUGUUUGACUUUGGAAACCUGAGACCCAACCAGAGUGUCCUCAUCCACAUGGCUGCAGGUGGUGUGGGAACUGCUGCCAUCCAGCUGUGCAAGACUGUAGAAAACGUCACCAUUUUUGGCACAGCAUCUGCCUCCAAGCAUGAUUCACUCAAGGAGAGCGGAGUUGCUUACCCCAUUGACUACAGAACGAUGGAUUACGCAGAGGAGGUCCGGAAAAUCUCUCCCAAAGGUGUUGACAUUGUUCUGGACCCCCUGGGAGGAUCUGAUACAUCCAAAGCAUUUAACCUGUUGAAGCCAAUGGGCAAACUCAUCACUUACGGGGUAGCAAACCUUCUCACUGGACAGAAGAAGAACCUCAUGGCUAUGGCUAAAACCUGGUGGAACCAGUUCAGCAUCAAUGCCUUGCAGCUCCUACACCAUAACAAGGCUGUGUGUGGCUACCACCUUGGAUAUAUGGAUGAAGAAUUUGAGCUUGUCGGAGGUGUUGUAGCCAAGCUGGUUAACCUGUACAGUCAAGGAAAAAUCAAGCCCAAAAUAGACUCUGUAUGGCCCUUUGAUCAGGUGGCAGAUGCCAUGAGGCAGAUGCAAGAGAAGAAGAAUGUUGGAAAAGUCAUCCUGGUUCCUGAAGCACCCAAGGAAGAAUCCAAAAAAGAAGAGAACUAAGGAGAAAAAAUGUGUGCAGAUUGUGAAUUCAUGGUUUAACUCCCUGAUCUCUUUGGGACCUGGAAAUGGACAGAUCAGUAGCUUCCGUCUUCACCAGUACAAGAACAUUGUGGUUAAAGUUCAGAUGAGGUUUGCAUGCUCUUGUUGUGACUGACCCUUUGCCAGAUAUGCCUCCUGCCCUAGCUCUCUGUUUUGAAGCCUGUUUAUUUCGUACAUUUUUUCUAAUCACUUGCUUCUCUACUGAAUUUCCAAACUAACAUUAUUUUUCUCCAGCAGUGCAGCUGAAGCUUCCAGGCAGUUAACAACUGCAUAGCCUGUCACUGUAAAGUCAAGAUGUAACAUACUGUAGCAACUGCCAAGUAUCUCCACAGAAACUGGGCCCUGCUGAAGCAUUUGCACUGUCACCUUUGAGAAGCUUGUUCAGCAGGAGAAUGGGUUAAACUUAGGAUGUUUCCUCAACAGCCAGAGGAAAAGCAUGGCUGGCCUAGUUUAAUUCUAGCACGGGCUACUCUUCUGUUUACAGUAACCCCAUUCUUUCCCCUCUGCUUCCGUAGGCUGCUAACACCAGUCAGAUAGCAACAGGCCAUGUUGCCUUUGCCUUGUAAAUAACCGUCCUGGCAUUUUGGAGUCUAUGGCAUAUUGCACUUAAUUUGCAGUCGCUUCUCUGUGCAGUCGGCAAAUAACCUGACAGGCUGGGCUGGGCUGAUCUGUGUUUGAAUACAGAAGAAAAAAUUUCAGUUAGGUAACUUGAUCUUGUCUAUUUUCUGAUUCCAAACUGUAUAGGGAGAUCUAAACUGUGUCUGAUUUUUAGAGACCAUAAGGACUCAACUGUGUCUCAAAUGACUGGAACAAUUGAUGUUGGCUCUGUGCUUUAUUAAUGUUGGGCUCCAAGUUGGUAUUAAGGCUAAACUUCACCCUCGUGUUUGUAUUUCCAAGGGCUGCAGUGUUAAAUCGGACUU